AUGGGCAUUGAGAAGUUUCUAUUCAGAUGUGCUAGGGAGGCAAGCUACUAUACGCUGGAGCCUGAAAGAUUAGAGCGCUUGUACAAGCUUAGUUCUUCAUUUGUCGACAGUGGCUACAAGGGGGUUUCGGACACUGAAUACUAUACUAUUCUUGAGCAACAUUUCUACUUGAGCAUUCUUACUGAGCGUGAUAACGAUGCAAAGCUUGCUCUACAACGGAUAGUUGACAAAUUCGGAUCGGAAGGCUCUCGGGUGUCGAUUCUUCGGGGCGUGUAUGCACAAGCGACGUUCACCCCCGAUAAGUUCACCGAGUUUGUCAAAAAGGAAAGUAGAGACGGAGAUUUGGCGACUCUGGAGUUUGUGAGUUUCAAGACCGACGGCAAAUGGACUGAAUAUACCGCAAGGCUCGUUGAGCUACUGGACAAGGAUCCAACUAGUGGCGAGACAUGGGCCGAACUUGGUGAAAUCUACGCAAUCGCCGGCAAUUUCUCCGAAGCAAUCAAGGCGUUUAGCCAGGUUCUGGUGGUAUACCCCUACGCGUACAAUAUUUUUGCCCGGAUUGGAGAGCUCCUACAUUCACAAGCUACCACAGUUAAAGAUGGUAUUCAAGUCUCAAUGGACCAGAUGUCCGAAUCAGUGGCCAAUUUUUGCCGGAGUGUCGAGCUUUGUCCGUCCUACAUCCGUGGCUGGGCGGGUAUUUAUGUUGUAUGCACCAAGCUCCUGCAGUGGCCGAAACUUGCUGAGCAAGAACUGUACAAAAAGCUUCAAGAAAAGGCCAAAGCAAAGCUAGAAGCACUAGCCAAGAAAGGCAAUGCACGCAAUCCAGAAGUAGCAGCGGCAUUGGAGAUUUUGAAGUAA